AAUUAACCAAUCAGCGUCGUUCCAGAACAAUUUAGAGGUCAAGGGCGAAUGAUCAUCUUCGAGGACGAAGUUAAAACUCAACACGGCAUAAUAGAGUUGUUUUUUGAACCAUUUACUCGAGUAAACGCCAUUUUUUGCCGUAUCUGUACAUGGUAUACGAAAGCUAAGUUUCUGGAUGUAAUACAACAGUGUUUUCUGUCGAAAUGUCACGAAAAAGGGCGAGCGAACCGACGUUUAGAAAUUGCGUGUCCACCUUAGCUACCCAAGCGAAAGCGAAGCGAAGCUCAAUGGCAUGGCUUGAGAAUUCGAAAAAUAUGGAGGCACAGCUUCCUGAUUCGUUGAUCUUGGAGAUAUUUCGUUAUUUAGACAAACGGCAGCUUGGUGUUGCUGCUCAGGUAUCGAAACGUUGGCGACGUGUCGCUUACGACAAAUCGUUUUGGCAUACCUUAGAUUUGACGGCGUUUUCUCAAAACAUAGACGAAACUACAAUGUUAAUGGUGAUUCAAACACGCUUGGCAUCCACGCUGAAUUCUUUAAACCUCGGCCCUGUGAAACUGACAGCUAAAAUAGCCAAGGAUUUAGCACGUAAAUGUCCCGAUUUAAAACGAAUCGUAUUCAAAUCAGUCGCCAUUUCGGGGGACCCAGCUUUCUCUGGGGAGAGCAAGCAAUUCCCAGCCACUUUGGAGUUAAUGGAUUUGAGACAUUGCAGGGGCAAUUUUCAAUUCAUGAAACGCCUGCCGAGACAUUUCACCGAAAUGAAGUAUAUUGGUUUGGGUGCGGAAUCAUCGGCAAGCCUCGUUCAAAAUAUUUUUGGAAAAAUGCAUAACCUCCGAGUAUUAGAUUGUACCGACUGUGAGGCAAUCAACGACUCGGCUUUGGAGAAAAUUUCUAGAAGUUGCAGACAGCUCGAAUCGAUAUGUCUCGUUGAGUGCAAGAAUUUUGGUGGAACGACUCUCGGAAUGGUGUUAAAGAAUUGUAAAUUCUUAUCAACACUGCUAAUGAGAUUCACAAAGUUAGCUGACACAGCGAUUCUUGCAGUGAAAUGGGAAACUACAGUUAUCAAAGAGCUAGAUAUCACAGGCUGUUACUAUGUAACAACAACCGGCUUGACAACGUUAUUGUCGAAAUUGCCGCAACUAACCUACUUCAAGAUGAAUCAGUGCGGGUUUAGACACAUCUUAAAUCUAUUGGUCUAUCAAGAAAUCCGCCCGCAGAUAAGUUUCACCAUGCUUGAAACUUUGGAUCUGCGCUGGAACUUUCUGUUAUCUGCUGAAUGCCUGGAAUGUAUAUUACGACUCACGCCGAAACUUCGUUACCUUGGUGUUAGUCAUUCCCCCCGGGUCGGACCCACGACGAUGGCUAAGAUGCUACCCCAUGUCGCAAAGUUAAAGAUCCUUGAGUUUGGGCCAUUAAAGAAGGAGGCAUUAUCUGAUACAAACUUUGUUAAAGGCAUCGUAAAGAACUGCAAGGACAUUGAGGCUGUCUCGUUUAUUAAUUUCACGGUAGGGACCCCUCAGGACACUGCAUUACUCCGAGAACUAAAGAUGAAGUGUAAAAAACUUCAAGACGUAAAACUGUGUAAUCCAAGAGUUGAGCAUGUUGAGGUCGGAGCUGGUGGUGAGACGAUAACUGUCGAGAGACUUUUGAUUAAAAUGGAAAGUUUGUUACCCAGUCCAAAGCAUACACUGAAUGUUAUUACUAAGACACUAUGUUGACGUGUUUGCUUUCUGACAUACUGUGUGCCGUCAAACAGUUUAAACAUUGAUAAACAGCUGACUUUUGUUAAAACUGUUAUUGAUCUUGGUUAGUUUAAACCAUUGACAAACACAGCUUAUUUUGUUAAAGUUCCUUGAACAGUUGUGUGCCUUGAACUAUGAAAUGAAUAGAUUAAUAGAACAUCCUUAAAAUUAUUGUAAAUAAUGAAUAAUGAAAAUAGCUUUGCUUACAAAGCUUUAAAUGAAAAUUGUGAUAAAGAAAUAUGGACAUUAUGAUUUGACAGGGUUGCUAACAUCAGAAUUUGAACUGGUACAUAAUGCCUUAAAAACUGCCAAUACUUUGUGUAGAAAUCUAUAGUAUUAUAUAAAGUUAUGUUUAUAUAUUAUGGUGUUAUAAUUCCAUGAAUUGCUUGUUUAAUAACAAGGUUGUUUAUUAUUUGGUU